UGGCCCAGGCUCCGGCAUCCAACCUGCUGUCGCCCGGGCCAGACCGAGCGCAGCAGGCGCCACGCGCAGAGCACACGCUCGCGCUCCAGCUCCCGGCCUCCGCCGUUCAUGACCGUGACCCCCGGACGCAGGCUCCGCCAGCCCCUGCUGCAGGCUCUUCCGCCACUCCCAGCCGCCGCAAGGGUCCCCCCCCACCACCACCAAGUGCUUUGAAGCUAGCCUGAGACCCCCCUGCCCGCUGCCCGCUAGUGGCUGCUCGGCUCGGCUGGCACCAUGCUGCCCGCGCGCGUCCGUCUGCUCACGCCCCACUUGCUGCUCCUGUUGGUGCAGUUGUCCCCGGCCGGCGGCCACCGCACCACCGGCCCCAGGUUUCUAAUAAGUGACCGUGACCCUCCGUGCAACCCCCACUGCCCCAGGACUCAACCCAAGCCCAUCUGCGCGUCUGACGGCAGGUCCUAUGAGUCCAUGUGUGAGUACCAGAGAGCCAAGUGCCGAGACCCUGCCCUGGCCGUGGUCCAUCGAGGUAGAUGCAAAGAUGCUGGCCAAAGCAAGUGUCGCCUGGAGAGGGCUCAGGCCUUGGAACAAGCCAAGAAGCCCCAGGAGGCUGUGUUUGUCCCAGAGUGUGGCGAGGAUGGUUCCUUCACACAGGUGCAGUGUCAUACGUACACAGGGUACUGCUGGUGUGUCACCCCAGACGGGAAGCCCAUCAGUGGCUCGUCCGUGCAGAAUAAAACUCCUGUAUGUUCAGGUCCAGUCACUGACAAGCCCUUGAGCCAGGGUAACUCAGGAAGGAAAGUCUCCUUUCGUUUCUUUUUAACCCUCAAUUCAGAUGAUGGCUCUAAACCCACGCCCACGAUGGAGACCCAGCCUGUGUUCGAUGGAGAUGAAAUCACAGCCCCUACCUUAUGGAUUAAGCACUUGGUAAUCAAAGACUCCAAAUUGAAUAACACCAAUGUAAGAAAUUCAGAGAAAGUCCAUUCUUGUGACCAGGAGAGACAGAGCGCCCUGGAAGAGGCCCGGCAGAAUCCUCGAGAGGGCAUUGUGAUCCCCGAGUGUGCUCCUGGUGGGCUCUAUAAGCCGGUGCAAUGCCACCAAUCCACGGGCUACUGCUGGUGUGUCCUAGUGGACACAGGACGCCCAUUGCCGGGGACUUCCACACGCUAUGUGAUGCCAAGUUGUGAGAGUGACGCCAGAGCCAAGAGUGUAGAGGUGGAUGACCCUUUCAAGGACAGGGAGUUACCAGGCUGUCCUGAAGGGAAGAAGAUGGAAUUUAUCACCAGCCUGCUGGAUGCCCUCACCACAGACAUGGUUCAGGCCAUUAACUCAGCAGCGCCCACUGGAGGUGGGAGGUUCUCAGAGCCAGACCCCAGCCACACCCUGGAGGAGCGGGUGGCACACUGGUACUUCAGCCAGCUGGAUAGCAACAGCAGUGAUGACAUUAACAAGCGGGAGAUGAAACCGUUCAAGCGCUAUGUGAAGAAGAAAGCCAAGCCCAAGAAGUGCGCCCGGCGCUUCACCGACUACUGUGACCUGAACAAGGAUAAGGCCAUCUCGCUGCCUGAGCUGAAGGGCUGCCUGGGUGUUAGCAAAGAAGGUGGUAGCCUUGGCAGCUUCCCUCAGGGAAAACGAGCAGGCACAAAUCCAUUCAUUGGACGUCUCGUCUAAAGAGCAGAAAAAUCGAAAGGCCAAUGGAGAGUCUGAGAAGACAGGACUGACCAUCAGACACCUAACCUUCAGCGCUGCCCGUGGCCCAGCCACAGCCCAUGUAACAUAAGUGGUGCCCUCCAUGUUUGCACUUUUAAUAACUCUUAUGUGUGUGUUCUGUUUCUGGUUCCAUUUGUAAACACCAGUUAUCUAAUACCGCAGUGGGAUCAGGAAAGGGAAGAAAAGCUGUUUAUUCUCUCUUUUAUUGUUAAGUUUUUGGAUCUGCUACUGACAACUUGUAGGUUAUCAGGGGAGGGGUGGGACCAAGAAGAAAGAGAUUUAUAUACUGUAUAUAAAUAUAUAUGUAAAUUGUAUAGAUCUUUUGUACAGGCAUUGACAUCACUGUUUGUCCCUUCCCUUCCCAAUACUUCCUCUGGACUCAUAGUCCAACUCUCUCAAACUGUAUCCUUAGCUUACCUGAGUUUCACUGUGGAUGGACUCUGUGAGAGUAGCUAGGAGCCCUGUGCUUGUGCUGUGGACACCACGUUUUCUUCUGGUGAGAAGAGGGUACUGGUCCAUGCCAUUAGCUCUCAAAGUUCAGUCACUUGGCUGUUGGCUGGUUAGGAGGGGAGCCCAGCUCCUGUGAGGGCCAGCAUGGAUUCCAGUUCUCUGGUGGCCCCCACAUGUUCUUGCUAUUCGGAUCCCUUGGCAGUCUAUGGUAAAUAACGGAGCAAAUUAUACUUGAAGGGGUUGAAUUUGGCUACUUUAAACAUUUCCUCCCAUGUUUAGCACCUCCCCCAUGUAGGACACGAGAGGUGAGAACCCAAGCAUGUGAGGAAAAGGACUCCCAGGGUUUUCCUUCAGCAGGUGUUUGGCAUCUGAGGAGAUGGUGAAGAGAACAGAGGAUCUGAACCAGCCGUUCUGCAAACCCACAAGAGAGUCUCCACAAGCAUGUAGCUCCCAAAACUAGAGUCAGAUUAGGCUUUACUUCCAUGCUGUCCCUUCAUCUCUUGCCCUCGUCCUCACUGAUUGGGCCAGCCAUCUUGUUGACCAAUACCACAGUUCCUUAUUCCUCUGGCUUUUCUCAUGGACUUCCAGAAUUCUAAAAUUGACAUGGCAUCCCUUCCUUCUGCUUCCCCAGGAGUAAUAGGAGCUAUAGGGAAAGCUAGGUUUUAGCACAGAGUGUCACCUGGGCAGAUAAGCAGCUUUUUCUGUCUAGGUGACAUGCUGACUCAGAUGUCCUUCAGUCAGAGCAGCAAGUGACACUUAGCAGCUCGUCCUACGGUCAGCCCUGAUGGCAGUGAGGGAGGCCAGGACUGGUGCUUUUGCUGGCUUGCUCUCUGCAAUCUGCCUUGCCUGGGAUUUUAUCUCAGUGUCCUGUAAAUGUACCCACUUUGGUAAACCCUAUUCUAUCUUGGGUCUGGAAAGCCUUGGCCCCUAAUGCUGCCCACAUGUGGGGAACAUUGCCUCCUCAGGGCUUGAUUUGAUGAAGUCUUGGCUCCAGAAGGCCCCUGCUGCUCUAGUGAAAGUCAUGACCAUUCCAUGAUGAUCAGUGGCCCUGGCCUGCAUGGUAAGGUGGAAAGAACCCCUUCUCUUGGAGCCUUGAGCAGAAACACUGCAGCAUCCUGGAGCUGGGUGGUCCUCAAGCAGACCCCAUCCCUGUCUCCUGACCUGAAGGAAAUGUGCACAGAGAAGCCACCUCUAUGUAGGAGUUUAGAAUCUGACCAGCCGUCUUCUCUCUCACAGAUGGGCGUAGGCUGUGCUGUGUGGUUUUCCCUUGGGGGGGCGGGAGCAAGGAGAAGUAUUUGUAGCUUGUUUUAUAAAAAAUAAAAAAAAAUGGAUAAA